AUGGCAACAACUCCUAAAUCUGGCAUCAAGGUUGAGGAGGUAUGCGAAGCAGUAUAUGCACGCUGGCGUGUAUCACAGCGUGUCCCGAAUAGCCUAUUAGCUACGGAUUGGGAGGAAAAAAUGUGUCACAUGAGAGAUCAAGGACCCUGCGAGACAUGCUGGGCAGUAGUGGCAUCGGAGCUUAUUAGUGCCUUGCUCUUUAUUGAGGGCAUAGACAAGGAAUACACAGAGUACUCAAUCCAAGAACUAGUUGACUUUGCUAAUCCGUCUAAAGCAACAAAGAGGCGCUCAGGCCACCAUUGUUACACUCUAAGCAUAGGGAAAGGUUUAGACUAUGUACUCAAACAUGGACUUCAAAAGGCAAUCCAUAGGAAAUAUGUAAGGUGUAGACAAAAGUCUGAGAUACCAGCACGUUCUACAGUUGAUCUAGCACACAUAGAUCGGGUGGAUAGGUUAUCAUUGGAUGAAGCACUUAUCAGACUUGAGAAACAACCCAUUGGAGCAUCCCUCUACAUAUUCAUGCCUGAUUACAAGUUAACUAAAGGGGGCGUUUAUCGUGGCCCCAUGGACAAGGAAUCUAAACUAAAAGGAGUUCAUGCUGUUUCCAUACUUGGUGUGGUAGAAGACAAAGGAGAAAUGUGUUUCAAGGUGAAAUCAACCCACGGUAAUAGGGUAGGAGUGGAUGGGUACCUCAAAGUUUCGAUGGAGACUAUGUUGGGUUCAAAUUCCUAG